ACUAUAGUUGAAUCUUCAUCUGCCAUUGGAUGGACAUUGGAUCAUCUGCAUGAUUAUGUAAAUAAUUAUAUAUUGUAUGGACUACAAAGGUCAGGUUUUAAAGGUUUCCAGGCAGCAGUGCAUGAGGGAAGCACUGGUACAUUAGUGCAGAGUUCACUAUUCUCUUAUCACCUGUGCUCUCGGUUAAAAGUUGCUAUUUGUUAUACAUGAAUACAUUUUCAGCUUUUCUCUCUCUAAACAGCUCGACAUAGCAGCAGGAAUGAGCUCUUGUUCUGGACCAGAAGAUGCUAAAGUUGUAAUUGUAGGUUCAGGUUUUGCAGGGUUGGCCGCUGCAGCCACAUUGGUGAAGGGAGGAUUUGAAAAUGUCCUGGUUCUUGAGGCGAAGGAAAGAAUUGGAGGUCGGGUGCACACCAUUAAACCCUUCACAGAGAACAUCAUUGAAGUUGGAGCGAACUGGAUCCACGGACAGAAAGGAAACUACCUAUACAAGUUUGCGAUGGAGAAGAACUUGUUAUGCGAGGGACCUUCUGCAUCCAAAAACAUGUGCCUGCCUCGUUCUGUAACCCCUCAAGAUUACUUUUUCAAAGAAGAUAGGAAGCAGGUCUCCAAAACAGUUGUAGAUCAGGUGUGUUCGCACUUCAGCAAGCUCACCGACAAAGCUUUUGAUGAUGAACUUGAGUGCAGGCACAGGAAACUAAGUCUGGGUGCUUAUCUGGAUGAUGCCUUUGGUGAAUCUCCUUUAGCAGCGAAAGAAGACGGCCAGCAAGUUUUUGAAUGGUGCAAAAGGGCUGAAUGCACAGACGAGGCUUGCUCUAGCCUCUAUGAAGUGUCUGCCUCUCAGAUUAACUAUUACACUGCUUUAGAGGGAGGAUUUUUUAACACUUUGGGACCUGGUGGCUAUCAAGCAAUCUUAGAUGUUCUCCUGAAAGAUCUACAUUCAGGAACCAUCCAGUGUAGUGCACCUGUCAAGAGCAUCCGAUGGGAUUUGGUCAAAAAGGGCCACUGUGAAGACCAAAGGUAUCCUGUUCAGGUCGUUUGUGAAAAUGGACAGAGCUUUGAGGCAGACCAUGUGAUUGUCACCGUCUCUCUGGGGGUUCUCAAAGAUAAAGCCUCAACCAUGUUUGAACCGCCCUUACCGCCAACAAAACUGUCUGCGAUUGAGAAUCUCGGCUUUGGCAUAGUAGACAAAAUAUUCUUGUUUUUUGAGAAGAGAUUCUGGCCAGAUGACUGUGCCGGGGUGCAGUUGUUGUGGAAAGAGGGGCCUGAAGAUAAAGAUGUUUAUGAGUCUCUGUCUGAAGGGGAAGCCUGGAAGAAGACGUGGUUUAAGAAGAUCACUGGUUUUGAUACAGUGGCCCGUCAUCCCACGGCUCUGUGUGGCUGGAUCACAGGUAGAGAAGCACUGUAUAUGGAGAAACUUCAGGACAGUGAAAUAGGAGAUAUCUGUAUAAGGUUGCUCAGGUCUUUCACAGGCUGGGCAGUGCCAGAGGUCUCAAAGACGCUGAUCUCCAGAUGGGGAUCUGAUUCUCACGUCCGUGGCUCCUACACAUUUAUUCCUGAUGGUGUUGAUGGAGUGAAAGCACACAAUGCAUUAGCAUCACCUCUUCCUCCUAAUGAUGAAUCCAAAGGGAGGAAGCACCUUCAGGUGUUGUUUGCUGGUGAAGCUACACAUGAGAACUUCUACACCACGACCCAUGGAGCGUAUCUCACAGGGGUCAGAGAAGCAGAGCGACUCAUAAGCUAUUACGCUGAUUGAGCAUACAGAGAGG